AUGAACGCACUUCGAAGGGCAUCCCUCAGCAAGCCCGAGGAGGCUGGCAAGGCAUGGCCUGCUAUCGCCAUCGGCUUGUUUGUCGCCUUUGGUGGUGUUCUCUACGGUUAUGACACAGGUACCAUCUCUGGUAUUUUGGCCAUGCCCUACUGGCAGCGACUCUUCAGCACAGGCUACACAGACUCCAAGGGCAACCCCAACAUCACAACGGGCCAAGAGUCCAGUAUCGUCUCCAUCCUCUCAGCCGGUACAUUCUUCGGCGCUCUCUCCUCUCCAUUCAUGACUGAUUACAUCGGUCGUCGUCCCGGUCUCAUGAUCGCCACUUGGGUGUUUAACCUCGGUGUUGCUCUUCAAACUGCUGCUACUGCUAUCCCCAUGUUUUUGGCUGGUCGAUUCUUCGCCGGUUUUGGUGUUGGUCAAAUUUCCGCUAUUAUCCCCCUGUACCAGUCUGAGACAGCUCCAAAGUGGAUUCGAGGUGCCAUCGUCGGUUCAUACCAAUGGGCCAUCACAAUCGGUCUCCUCCUCGCCGCCAUCGUAAACAACGCCACGGGCAAGCGCAACGACACCGGCUCAUACCGUAUCCCUAUCGCCGUUCAAUUCGCCUACUCCCUCGUCCUCUUCGGUGGCAUGAUCAUCCUCCCCGAAACACCCCGAUUCCUCAUCAAGAAAGACCGUCACGAGGAUGCUUCUCGCGCUCUCUCCAAGAUCCGUCGUCUCUCUCCUGAUCAUCCUGCUGUUCAGGCUGAGCUCAGCGAGAUCAAGGCGAACCACGACCAUGAGAUGAGCCUCGGAACAUCUUCAUACAUUGACUGCUUCAAGCCUCCUAUUCUGAAGCGCCAGUUCACUGGCUGUGCUCUCCAGGCUCUUCAGCAGCUCACUGGUAUCAACUUCAUCUUCUACUACGGUACCAAGUACUUCGAGAACUCGGGUAUUUCUAGCGGUUUCACCAUUUCCAUGAUCACAUCAGCCAUCAACGUCGCUUCCACAUUACCUGGAAUGUACGCCAUUGACAAGUGGGGUCGUCGUCCUCUUCUCCUCUGGGGUGCCAUCGGCAUGUGUGUCUCUCAGUUCAUCGUCGCUAUGUGCGGUACCUUCUCCACCGGCCAAGAUAGCGCUGGAGUGAUCUUCGUCAAGAGUUUGGCUGGCCAGAGGGCUGCUGUCUCUUUCGUCUGUAUCUACAUCUUCUUCUUCGCCUCAACCUGGGGCCCCCUGGCUUGGGUCGUCACUGGCGAGAUCUUCCCUCUCCAGACCCGUGCCAAGUCCCUCAGUAUGACCACAGCAACCAACUGGCUCUUCAACUGGGCCAUCGCCUACUCCACCCCCUACCUCGUCGACUACGGUUCCGGCAAGGCCAACCUCCAGUCUAAGAUCUUCUUCAUCUGGUUCGGCUGCUGUUUCCUGUGCAUCGCCUUCGUCUACUUCUUCAUCUACGAGACCAAGGGCCUCUCCCUUGAGGAGGUUGAUCAGCUCUACGACGAAGUCACCGUUGCCAGCAAGUCUAUCGGGUGGAAGCCCCAUGACACCUGGGAGCACCGCAACAGUGUUGCUGGGGCUGGUAACAAGAUGUUCAACGAGGGUCAUGAGCAGGGCGAGGUUUCUCACACUGAGAAGAAUGAGGUUUAAAGAAAUAGAAUCUUGUAAUGAUAUUGAUUGAUGAGGAAGAUGUUGGUGGGAUUACCGAAUUUGGACGUUCUGCUGGUCGGCGCUCCACAUGAGCCGACCAGAUCGGCCCCACACGGUCGGAAGUCUACAAUUAUGAGAUGAAUAGCUGAUAUCCAUGAAUUUAUUACUUUGUUC